GAACGGACUCGCUCUCCCGUGACGAUGUAGGAGAUCACCAGAAACAACAACACAAACAACAACACCAUUAUCGCUAUCACAACUAACUUCUUCUCCGUGCUGUGGCUGGCACAACCAAACUUUCUAGUGUGUCAAUGGAUGUAGCACGCACUCUCGAGAAGACAACGAAGAAGACGAAGAUGUGAUUAUCCUGUAAACCACCCAUGACUCGUGCUUUUUAGCCAGAGUCAUCGAAUCAUCUCUGCGGUGGGGGUCGAAACCAUCACGGUCGAGCUGAGCGGCCCAAUUUCCCGUUGUUUCGUGACUUCCUCAUAUUUUCCUAUUUUCCUAUUUCCCUAUUUCCCCAUACGUGCCCGAUGUGUUCGCAUGUCUUCGUGGGAGUGUUAAGACAGAAUGACUUGUCCUUCGACCUAAAAUCCAAUAGUGAGAAUUAGUGAACGGAGCGAGAAUUCCGCCAGACCCGUGAGCAAUGAAAAUAGCUGACACCCGUGAUACCAACAGUAUUGUGGCGCCCUCGUCUAAUUCCAACCAUUCUAGUGGGAGUGUCUCCGGUUGCUGUGGUGGUGGUGGUGGUGGAGGAGGAGGUGGAGGAGGCGAAGGCGGGAGUAGCGAACCGGAUGGGUCUCGAGAGGAUUGUGGUGCCGAGGCCAAACAGGUUGUGAAUAGUGACGUAGUAGCCGAUCAAUCCGAGCCCCAUCGAUCUAGUUGCAUGACCAUGUCGUCUCCCACGAAAAAUCAUCCAGCCGGAUCCGGGCAAACAUCCCAAACGCCGCAGCAACUUACACCCAUGCUCACGUGGGACAAGCUAUCACCGGCCGAGUUUCAGCAGCUUCAGGACCUGGCUGCCUACUCGAACAAGUGCAUGGCGGAUGUUCUCAUGGAGUUUGAAGACAAUCGCAGGCUCAGCAGCUACAAUAAGGAUGAAGACAUUGAUUUCUCGGGUUUCAAGACCCUCUUGGACAUCUUCCUGGAGGUGGAAACCCCCGAGGAGCUCUCUCGUCAUCUCUUUCUCAGCUUUGUCAGAAUUCCCUCCUCCAAAAAUGGAGGCACCAUCCUCAAGGACCCGAUUGUGGAUAAUUCUUCUAAAAACAACGCGGUGCCAAUCAAUUCCAAAGGUGGUGCUGCUCAGAUGUCAGAGCGGAAUGGGGGCGGAUCCGGGGGAGGAAUCGAUGGUUCCACCCAAACAUCUGGAGGUGGGAUGUCGGGCUUCAACUCGCUGCCAUCGUCGAUACAUCACGGGUUGUCAGAACGUCUCCAUGGCUUGACUGAGAGGCUACACUCCCUUGGGACUCGAAGUGCUGAUUCAGAGGGUCCAAGAAGCCGAACCAGUAGUUUAGGAGCCAAAGAACACCACGGGAUCUUUGGCUCUUCGUCGGAUCACCCCGCCAACAACAAGAGUGCCCACAACUCACCCACAAAAACCUGCUCAAGGGCUUCGUCCAAGAAAUCGAACCACUCCCAACUGAUUGCCAACGGAAAAUUGGACGAGAGUGCCAAAUCCAUGUUACUAGCCAAAAUGACGGACAUCAAUAACCUGAAGAUUGCUUUGAAGGAUGUGAUCUGCUAUUUGAGCCUCUUGGAGGCUGGUCGACCCGAGGACAAGUUAGAAUUUAUGUUCCGUCUCUACGACACGGAUGGAAAUGGUUUCCUCGACAACUUUGAAAUGGAUUCCAUUGUGGACCAGAUGAUGACGGUUGCCGAGUACAUUGGCUGGGAAACCAAAGAGCUGAGACCGAUCCUCCAAGAAAUGAUGAUCGAAAUUGAUUACGACUCCGAUGGAACGGUUUCUUUGGACGAGUGGAAGCGAGGUGGUAUGACAACGAUUCCACUUCUGGUUCUUCUGGGAUUAGACACGAACAUUCGAGAAGAUGGCAAUCACCUCUGGAGACUCAAGCAUUUCAACAAGGCUGCUUACUGCAAUCUCUGUCUAACAAUGUUGGCUGGCAUGGGCAGAAAAGGCCUCAGUUGUACCCUGUGCAAAUACACCGUCCACGAGCGGUGCGUUCAACGCGCACCCGCCUCCUGUAUUUCGACUUACGUGAAAUCCACGCGAACUGCUCAGAGGAUGCUUCAUCAUUGGGUAGAAGGGAACCCGCCCGGAAAGUGUUCCAAAUGCAAGAAACAGAUCAAGUCAUACAAUGGCAUUGCUGGCCUUCACUGUCGGUGGUGCCAUCUAACGUUGCACAACCGUUGUGCCAGUCACGUGAAUCCUGAGUGCAAAUUGGGAGUGAAUCGGGUUCACAUCCUUCCUCCCAUUUCCAUUUGUCCAACUGUGCUCGAUCGCCAGAGGUCCAUGUCCAGAGAAAAGCAAUCCAAUAAAAGUGGUAGCCAAUCCAAGCUCUCCAGAUCAGAGAGCACAGCCGAGGCUCUCACGGGAGCAGGGUCGUUCCAAAUCACUCCCCUUGAUGGAACAAAGCCGCUAUUGGUGUUCGUGAAUCCCAAAUCUGGCGGGCGACAGGGGGCCAAAAUUUUGAGGAAGUGUCAAUACCUCUUAAAUCCACGUCAAGUGUAUAACCUUUCCAAAGGAGGGCCGAAUUCGGGGCUUCAGAUGUUCCGGGAGGUGCCCAAUGUGAGGAUUAUCGUAUGUGGUGGAGAUGGCACCGUGGGUUGGGUCCUGGAUGCUCUAGACCGAUGCUCUUUCGAGCAUGAGCCAUCAGUGGGAGUGAUCCCCCUUGGGACGGGCAAUGACCUAGCCCGAUGUCUUCGUUGGGGUGGCGGUUAUGAGGGGGAAUCGAUGUGGAAGCUGCUUAAUAAAAUUGAACGCUCAGAAACCACGCUCUUGGAUCGUUGGAGCAUCCGAGUGAUUGAGGAGGAAAACGGAAACAUUGAGGACGAAUCGUCCACGGAGGACCACGGAAAGAUGCCUUUCAAUAUCAUCAACAACUACUUCUCAAUUGGCGUGGAUGCCGCUAUUUGUUGCAAAUUCCAUUUAGAACGGGAGAAGAACCCGCAAAAAUUCAAUAAUCGCAUGAAGAACAAGCUGUGGUAUUUCGAGUAUGCAACCUCAGAACAAUUCUCUUCCUCCUGCAAAAACCUCCACGAAAAUAUUGAACUCAUUUGUGAUGGAAUAUCGUUGAACUUGGCCGAUGGACCCACUCUCCAGGGUAUUGCCAUCCUCAACAUCCCUUCAACCCACGGUGGGACGAACAUGUGGGGCGAUUCAAAGGCCAGACGUCUCAAGUGUAAAAAGAAGAAGCGGCCCAGUUCCGUGACCCGUGGAGACAAGGAGCCCUCUCUGAGUAGCUUCACGGAUAUGGAUCUCUCAAGCGCUGUUCAAGAUAUUGGUGAUAAAUUAAUCGAGGUGGUUGGCCUGGAGAACUGUCUGCACAUGGGUCAAGUGCGAACUGGUUUGCGCUCUUCGGGCAAGCGCUUGGCGCAGUGUUCCCACAUAAUUAUCAAAACAAAGAAGCACUUUCCAAUGCAAAUCGAUGGCGAGCCAUGGGAGCAACCACCUUGUACUCUGGAAAUCUCGCAUCAUAACCAAGUUACUUCACUUUUGGGUCCUCCACCCAAAUCAAGAUCGUUCUUCAGCUUCCUUACCAGAGAUCUGAGGAGACAGGAUCUCACAUUUGAGGAAUAUUUGGAAUAAGGCCAAUGAGAAAGAAGCCUUUUGCAGCCACCUCCAUCCACCUGCUCACCUUCCAGAGCUAUACCGACCGAAUGAACUGCUUUGUCUCGUUCUUUCUUCAUUUCCCCUAUUUCUCUCUCUUUUUCUGUCUGUCUCUCGCUUUCAGUUCACCCGAGUAUUGAGCAACCAGCGCAUUGUCCAUUUUCAUUGGCUGAUACUGUGAUUUUUCAAAGAUAUAAAUUUAUUAAUGAAGUGAAGAAAGGCGACCUAUCGUCGUUCACUUCCUGAUGAUCUUGAGCUCCUUCUCCUCAUCAUCAUGUAUUCGAAACGAAGUCCCACCAAUACUUCCAAGGUAUAAUGUGCUAACUUUGAAUAACUGCAAAAUGAUAUUUAUUUACAUGAGAUCUUACCUCUAUCCAUUCUCUAACCCUGCCACAGUGGGCACAAUGGUUCGGAUAUAUGUGCGCGAAUUCCAGUGUCCAAACAAAGACACGCUUUUGAAGUAUACCUCUUACAGCAUUUUUCAGAAAAAAGUAAAAUAUCAUCCAAGUUUUAGCCAAUUGUUCUUCUCUCUCUGUCCCUCUUUUUGUCUCCCGCUUUCGAGCACACACAAACAAACAAACAAACUAAGAAAAACAUUCUUUAUCUCUUCCUGCCAUGAAUUGUAUCAAUAUUAUUACAUCCAUGAUAACCGCUACAUUACAACGUCCUUGUGCUGAUGAUCUCAAUCCGUUCCCAUAUCCAUGAAAUUUUUCGACUAAUUUCAAUAUCAUUCAUUAUUUCGACACACUGAAUCGGAUUUCUUUGCGGAAAAGGACGAUCCGGACAGCCUUGGCUCUCGUACCAAAGAUCAGUUGAGUCUUGCUUUCUUUCCUUUCUAAUCGCGCGAGUGUCGGGGCCACGUCCAAAUCUGAGCCUAGAACGUGGCCCAUUCACUCGAACCCGUCUAACCAUUCCUUUGCCCAAUCUUCUGGUCUGGGAGGUGCGAGUAAAGGGCUGUUUCGGCCAAUCGCCAAAGCCGACUGACUGCAUCUUUGAAAUUGAAUAUUGGAUCCCUGUCAUUACACAUAAUAUCAUUUUUCCUCUUGUAUUUAGUUUGUGAUUCAAAUCAAUCGGAAAAUAAAGCUCUAGUCAUUUAA